GUUGAAAGCGCUCGCAUGCUUGGGGGGGUGGGGAAGGUGGCAGGCGGGGUCCCCAUAGCCGGUCUCUGGCCUCCCCGCUCAGGCCCCCUCCUGAUCGCCCGCUUUCCAUCUCCUCGCAGUCAUUUUUUUAAUUGCGUGGAGCUUUGAGUCGUAAUGGUAAAGUCAGAUCGGGCCUCCCAGGGUGCCAGAUGGGUACAGAAACCCGGGGAUCUCCCCAGCCUAGGCGCGCAGAUCCCACAGACCCAGCCCCUCUCGCUGCCACCGUCUCCCCACCCCUCAGCCUCGGACUUGCUAACUAGUGCGUAUCAGGUUUUUUUUUUUUUUGACUUGCCUUUUAAGAUGAAUUUUAUGGUUCCUGCAACUGCUUCCCUGCUGUCUGAACUGUAGUUUGGGAGGAUUUAAGAGGCCAGGGAGGUGCUUAUGUGGCUUUUAACGAAUCCGAGACUGUCAUUAAUGUUUCUUUGCGCUUGGUGAGAUGGUCCAGGUGUGGCAUCGCAGUAGCUGGGUGCGUUUUCACGAGGACACUGCGAGGUCCUUCCCGGUUAGAGAUGGGCCCGCUGGCGAAAGGACAUCCUGGUGGCCCACUCUUGAGCUGCAGGUCGAGUGCCCUGCCUGCGAAGGUUACCCCUCGCACCUGUACUUCAGUUCACAAUGCAAAUUGCCUGCCGAUGACUACCUGGAGAGGACAUCGCUAGUCCACGUGGGUACCUGGGAAACUCGCAGAACUCCCUGCAGGUGUGCGGAGGAGGACUUGGCUCUCUGGGGGUCACCUAGCCAGCUUUGAAACUGCUGUCAGCUCUGCCUUUGUAUUAGUCGAUGCCCUCCUAGCCAGCCACUGCGGGAUGGAGGGCUUCAUGGACUCAGGGACACAGACGGACGCCGUGGUGGUGCUGUCCUUGGCCCAGGCCGCAGUGUUGGGCCUGGUCUCAGAAAAUGAGCUCUUUGGAGCCACCAUAAGCGCUGAAGCCUUCUACCCAGACCUAGGACCUGAGCUGUCUGGGGCAGCCAUCGGGGAGCCACGGCCACCUGGCCCCAGUGUCUACCAGCUGGCUUGCAAUGGGCAGGCCCUGGAGGAGCCUGUGGAAGAGGAGGUGCUGGAGGUGGAGGCGGCCUUCGAGAAGCACACCCGGCGGAAGACACGGCCACCUGUGCGGCUGGUGCCCAAGGUCAAGUUCGAGAAGGCAGAGGAGGACGAAGAGCAGGAGGUCUAUGAGGUCUCCGUGACUGGGGAUGGCAAGGAUACAGGGCCACCUGAGGCCCCUGCUGAGGUAACUGCAGGGGCCUGCGAGGCCCUGGUGCAGAGCAGUGCUGUCAAAAUGAUCGACCUCAGCACCUUCAGCCGCAAGCCCCGGACGCUCCGGCACCUGCCUCGAGCUCCAAGGCCAGAGCUGGACGUGGCCCCCUAUGACCCUCACUUCCCCGACCCAGCCCAGGAUGGCUUCCCUGAGCCCAGUGUGGCACUGCCCGGGCCAGAGGCCUUGCCUGCAGAGUGCAGUUUUGAGCCACCCCACCUGGCCCCCCUGAGUGACCCCAAGGUCCCCACCAUGACCUCCCCGGAGCCCGUGAAGCCAGAGCAGGGCUUUGUAUGGCAAGAGGCAGGCGAGUUUGAGGUAGACGCCACAGGCUCUACUGUGGAGCGCCACAAGAAGGCCCAGCUGGACCGGCUGGACAUCAACGUGCAAAUUGAUGACUCCUACCUGGUGGAGGCGGGUGACCGACAGAAGCGCUGGCAGUGCCGCAUGUGUGAGAAGUCCUACACAUCCAAGUACAACCUGGUGACGCACAUCCUUGGCCACAAUGGCAUCAAGCCCCACUCAUGCCCGCACUGCAGCAAGCUCUUCAAGCAGCCCAGCCACCUGCAGACACACCUGCUCACGCACCAGGGCACACGGCCCCACAAGUGCCAGGUGUGCCACAAGGCCUUCACGCAGACCAGCCACCUCAAGCGCCACAUGCUGCUGCACUCCGAGGUCAAGCCCUACAGCUGCCACUUCUGCGGCCGUGGCUUUGCCUACCCCAGCGAGCUCAAGGCCCAUGAGGUGAAACACGAGAGCGGCCGCUGCCACGUCUGCGUCGAGUGCGGCCUGGACUUCUCCACUCUGACUCAGCUCAAGCGCCACCUGGCCUCCCACCAGGGCCCCACCCUCUAUCAGUGCCUCGAGUGUGACAAGUCCUUCCACUACCGCAGCCAGCUGCAGAACCACAUGCUCAAGCACCAGAAUGUGCGGCCCUUCGUGUGCACUGAGUGCGGCAUGGAGUUCAGCCAGAUCCACCACCUCAAACAGCACUCACUCACCCACAAGGGCGUGAAGGAGUUCAAGUGCGAGGUAUGUGGUCGGGAGUUCACGCUGCAGGCCAACAUGAAGCGGCACAUGCUGAUCCACACCAGCGUCCGGCCCUACCAGUGCCACAUCUGCUUCAAGACCUUUGUGCAGAAGCAGACCCUCAAGACCCACAUGAUUGUACACUCGCCCGUGAAGCCAUUCAAGUGCAAGGUGUGCGGCAAGUCCUUCAACCGCAUGUACAACCUGCUGGGCCACAUGCACCUGCACGCGGGCAGCAAGCCCUUCAAGUGCCCGUAUUGCUCCAGCAAGUUCAACCUCAAGGGCAACCUGAGCCGGCACAUGAAGGUCAAGCACGGCGUCAUGGACAUCGGCCUGGACAGCCAAGACCCCAUGAUGGAGCUGGCAGGCCCUGAUCCCUCUGAGCUUGAUGGCCAGCAGGAGCUGGAGGACUUCGAGGACAACGCCUACUCCUACGGUGGUGUGGAUGGCAGCACUGAGGCAGGCACGCUGGCUGGGCAGGCCAUAAAGGAGAUGGCCUACUACAACGUGCUAUAGUGCGGUGGGCAGCGAGGGGUCAGGCAGCUGGUGCGGGGGUGAGACCUGAACUUUGGGCCACACCUCUGCAGCCCAGACCCACGCCCCCCAGUCCUUUGUACCACUAGGGACUUCAGACCAAAUGGAGACUGUACUACUGGCCUUGCUGAAGCUGGGCAUGCUGGCAAGGGGAGUGUCACUUGAGAGGCCCAGGCUGGGUCUCCUUGACCUGCUGCUGGGGGAGGGCGUAGGGGGAAUACUGGCAGACAGGGCACAGGGCCAUCCCAGGUCCUGACACUGCAGGGAGAGGUCCCCAAGCCAGGCCUGUUUCUCUUAUGGACCAAUCCAGGGAUGUCUGAGCUGCCUGCUGGCCGGCACUGCCCACCCCACCCUGGCCAAGUCCCUUUGCCUACCCAGCCACCCCAUCCAGUCACCAGACAGCCCGCCAGGGCCCUCUGCCUUCUACCUCGGGGCCUCAAGCGCCAAGCCCUGCUGACUUGCAGGAAAGCCGGACACCGCAUCUCCCACGGCCCUCAGCCUGUACUACAGCUCUGUUUGGAAUGAGCAUCCCUAAAGUAGAUUUUGAUAAAUGUCAUUCAUUUCUGUCCUGGGCUGGGGUACCACACAAGGUUCCCCACUAAACAAUACCAGGAGGCCCUUUGGCACACCUGAACCGAGACAGAUGGAGCAGGGCAGGGUGCAGCAUCCCUGGGGACAAGAGGGGCCGUGCUCAGGGAAGGCCAAGGCCCACCUGUGGGGAAGAGGGGACCUUAGUCGUUGAAAUGGGGUUAGCCACAAGUUAGCGGGCUCCUGGGAAAGAGCAGCAUAUUUAAAAAAAAAAUGAAGACCAUAGAGGAGAACAGAUUUUUUGAACAAAUGGGGGUAUUAUGAAGGUAAUUUAUUAUUUUUUUCUUUUCUUUGCAACUGUGUCGCCUGUUAUCCUUCUGGAUAGAGAUGCAUUUCUUUUUCCACACGUAAGCUUUCUUGUGUGCUGUGCGUGCUUUGUGCCUCCUCAGCCUAGGGCAGUCUGGCCGGCUGUGGGGAGCCAGGUUCACUGGCCUGGAGGUGCGGCUGGGAGCAGGAGCAGGGGCGGAGCGGGGACAGCUAAGGCCUCUGCUGUGAACCACAUCUGUGCCUGGCAGCCCAGGCACUCACCCUCCCCCGCCCGCCCACCCACUGCUGUCCCCUCCCCGGUGCAGUGGAGCAGCACAUUCAGGAACUGCAGGGUGCCCAGCUCUGCCACUAGCCUCCCAGGCUUCUGGGGAAGGGUAGGCAGGGCUGUCCCCACAAGCAUAGGUGACACCUGGAGGAACACAGCUGGGCUAUCCCCAAGGCUAUAUCCCUCAGUGAGGGACCAAGCCAGGCCUCAGGGUGGUAGAUGGACAGGGCUGGGGAUGGACACUGUCCCCAAGUGUGGCACCCCAGAUCCCACCCCCUCCAGCCUCCCAGGUGCCCGCCAUGAUGACCCUCAGGUGGCAGUGACUCUGGUGUCACUGUACAAGACAUUUUCUCCUGCUGAGCAGAAAGCAUCACCCCUACAAACUACCUCUUCCCACAAUGUCUUUCUCCCCUGGUACCAAAAAGAACCCUGUUCCUCCUUUCCCUGCCAGCGCCUGGGUGUGUCCUGGAAGCCGGGCCCCCCCUCCCCGUGCCCUGGCACUGCCCCCGCAAGGCUCCUACUUGAACGCCCCUGCCCUGUGCCUUGUACCCAGGCACUGCAAAGGGAGCAGACAGCACACUCCAGUCUAGCGGGUCAGCCUUGGCCAGGCUUCAGCCCUCACUCACCCUCCCGGCCUCUUGGGUGGCCUGCAGACUCCUGGACGGAUUCCAUUCUAACUUAUUUUCAUGCAUAUACGAACCGACCAUUUAGAGACCCCACUUGUGCAAAGCCCUACUGUGUUUUUAUGUUCCUGUUUAAGAGAGAAGUUUACUUAGCAAUAAUUAUAAAUAAAUGAAUAUUCUUUA